AUGGGUAAUAAAGAAAAGAAUAAUACUAACGAUUCCAGCCAUAUAAUUAAUUUCUCAAUUUUGAUAGAAGCCCCAACAUCACCAACUAGGGGAACCAACGUACUUCCUAGCAACCCCAACCAACAAGCUGCCUAUACUUGCACUCUUCCUAGUGCAUCAGCUGGUCGUCCCCCACGUCCACCACCACCGACGCCACGAAUCGAAUACCGGGAACAAGACCGUUACAUGCCCAUUGCCAACAUUAUCCGUGUGAUGCGUCGCAUGCUUCCCUCGCACGCCAAAAUAGCUGACGAGGCCAAGGAAACGGUCCAAGAAUGUGUGUCCGAGUUUAUAAGCUUUGUCACCGAGGAGGCCAACGACCGGUGCCACACCGAGCAACGUAAGACAAUCACGGCUGAUGAUAUAAUAUGGGCCAUGUCUAGGCUAGGGUUUGAUAACUAUGUUGGUCCACUUUCGCGGUACCUUAAUAGGUACCGCGAAAUGCUGGAAGGUGGGGACCGUCAAAGGGUCCCACAAACUCUUUUUCCAAGGCACUCAUUAGUGAGUCCUACAGUGAUGAUGAGGCCAACCAUGGUAGGUCCCAACCCUCCUCCUGUUGGAGUAGGAUUUGGGAUUAACCAUGAAGCAACAAAUACUACUACUAUUACUACUGCUACUGCGACUGCUAGUACUUUUGAAAAGAAUAUUAGUGUUGGUGGUAGUAGUGAGCAUGGGUUUAGUCCAACUAAUAAUAGCAUGAGUUUUGAUGUUGGGAGUUGUAGCAAUGAUGAUAUCUUAGAGUUUGAUGAUCAUGCUUUUGAUCUGCCUCUUGUUGCUUCUUCUUCUACUAUUGGAGUUUCAACUUCUUCUAGUGAUACUUUUGAGGGUGGUGCUCAAGAGGUAGAUUGUUUUGAUCCUUUUGCUCAAUUCAAGUGA